CGCUGCACUAUAUUACAGUGCCUCUAGCUAGCAGCAGAAUCCAUGGCCAACCUUGGGCAGGAUGGGGUACCCCAUCUUGCCCCAACGUGCACUUUUCAUACUGACUGCAAACACGGGUCAACUUUAUUUCAAAACUAAACAAUUUCAGUUUUAAAGGUUAUUUCGAAUACCGUAAUAUCUUCGUCUAAAAGGACACAAUUAGUUUUAUGAUAAAUGGCGCAAGAAAAUUUAUUAAUUACUAUUGAACAUCAUACUCAUGGUGACAGAUGGAUGCUGAAUCAUUCGAAUCUUUCUUUAUGUCUGGGUUGUUGUGUAUUAUUAUUAGAAGAUCCAAAUAUACCAAAUGUGAAUAAAAAGUUUAUCUUAAAAGCUAUAACAGAAAAUCUUCGUGAAGAAAAUCAAAAUUUUACUCAAGUUAUCGUUAAAGAUGAAAAUAUUUGUCUUCGUGUAAUGCAGAUACUUUUAGAAUUAAUUGGACAAGAAGAAAAUAUAGCUGUUCCAUCAGCAGCUGAAUGUCUAACGCUUGCAUUAGAAAAAUUAACAAUUAAGAAACUUGAUGAUUUAAUUGUGCAAAAUUUAAUAAAACGUAUCGAAAAAGAAUGUAAUUACGAACACUGUUUAAUAAAAUUGCAUCUUCUUGGGAAUCUUUGCAUUCGCAGUAACGAUAUUGUAACAUUUAUUGUUAAUCGAGAACAAUUUCUUCAAUUUUUACUUAUGGGUCUGAAUUAUCCAAAUAAUAAAGUGAAAAUAGUUAUUGUAUCAAUCUUUAUUGAAAUAUACAAAUCAAAUUGCAGUCAUAUUGAUAAAACAAAAAUGAUUCAUACACAGGUUAUAAAUACAAUUUUAUCUGACUUGAAAAAUCAUCAAACAAGAGAUUUACAAUUGAAGUCCUUAGCUUUACUUCACUUAAUAGUACGGAUGGAAGAUAUGAUGCAAUUAUUUUUUGAAAGAAAUUUAAAAGAAAUACUUGCUUUUGCCUUGAAAAAGCUAUUAUCAUCACACGAUUCAUUAAUUCAAGUGUCUGCUACACAGUUAAUCUGUCGUUUAAUAAAAGGAUCUUUAAAUUCUGAAUGCGUUAUUAUUUUAAUGGAUGCUAAUAUACCAGAAUUUUUAUUUGAAGCACUUACUACACAAAAUGAACUUUUGAUAGAGUCUCUUCUGUGUUGCAUUUCUCUUUUUAUUAGAUAUGAUGAAUUUUUUAAGAGUUGUCAUGCAAUCUAUGGUAUAGAUUCAAUUUUGCAAAAUAUCAAACAAAUGUUAGAAUUAAAAAAUUGGAGACUUUCCACAAUUGGUUUAAAUCUGACUUCAUCAAUAUUAGAUAAGCAAACAAUAUCAUUAAACUUCAUGCCAAAUAAUUCAUCAUUUAAACUUAUGCUAGAGGUUAUUAGUAAAGCAUUGAAAUUUCAUCAUAUUAGUAUAAAUAUUGCAGGAUCUAAAAUAUUGACUAAUUUAUUGCGAUACAAUCAUUUAUCAUAUCCUAUUCCAAUAUCUGUAUUCAUUCCAUUGAUCAUAAUGGGUAUUCAGACUAUUCAUAGAACUUUAAAUACUUUUUUAUCAAAGAAAGAAGUAAAUCAUUUUAAAAUAAAAUUUUCAAAUAUAAAUAAUAAUAGAAAAAUCUGCUUUGUAGAAAAACAUAUGUUGACAGGAUUAUUCCUUCUAGAAGCUGCUAUCAAAUUACUUAAUAAAUAUAAUUCUGAUUCCAUCAUUCAAGAAGAAACAUUUAAUGCUAUACAUUCUGAAUUUAAAACAACUGAAAUGAAUCAAUGUAAAACUCAAAAUGAUUUAUUUGGAAUUGUUGUUACUUCAUACAAUCAUUUAUCAUAUCCUAUUCCAAUAUCUGUAUUCAUUCCAUUGAUCAUAAUGGAAAAACAUAUGUUGACAGGAUUAUUCCUUCUAGAAGCUGCUAUCAA